GAAGAUCAAGAAUGCGAUCAUUUCUGGGGUCUGGGGUGAUCUACUACUGUAUGGCAUCCGUGGUAUUGCCUGGGAACCAGACACAGGGUCUGAAAAACGGAGAGAAUGCAAUGCAUACCGAAGAUACAGGUCCGGUGGCCUUGCAUUAGACUAGGGAUCACAGCACAUCGUAUUCUAUUGUCCCUUGUAACAUUUAUGAGGGGAUUGUGGGCAGCGGUGAGAAAGACAUGGACAUGGAUACGCGUAACAUCGUUAGUUAUCGAUCAUCGACAUGGAUGCGCAUUGGAGUGUGGUGGAAGAGGGAAUCCAUUGGCCGACGGUAACAUGCAAGUAGCAUGGGCAGUGCAUGAGUUUACCAACACCUGAAGCAUUCUCCUCAUUUUCAUGCAAGCCACAAUGAGAUCCAGAACAUGGUGCUUGGUAGGUGAACCAGAGUGCUGGGUCAGUGAUGGGAGGAAGUACAGAGUAGUACGAGUAAUCCUUGUG